AUGGCUGCAGAGAGCACCGGGGCGGCCCCAGCCUCCGUGCCGUCCUGUUUGGAGGGGAAAGGCCCCGGGGAGCGGGCGGCCAUCCUCCACCAGCACCUCGGCCGCAGGGAGAUGACCGACGUGAUCAUCGAGACCAUCCAGCCGCGGCCAGAUGAAACAAAAGCCGGUAUGGAAGGAAGAAAAUCUUCAGAGACUGCAUCUGCCGAGGACAAAAAUAAACAUGAUGAUCAAAGUAAGGAGUGUGAGGCUGCUCCAGACUCUCCUUCAAAACAGCUCCCUGACCAGAUUUCCUUCUUCAGUGGGAAUCCCUCAGUUGAAAUCGUUCACGGCAUUAUGCAUCUGUACAAAACAAACAAGAUGACCUCUUUAAAGGAAGACGUAAGGCGCAGCGCCAUGCUAUGUAUCCUCACGGUCCCUGCUACGAUGACCAGCCAUGACCUGAUGAAGUUUGUGGCCUCCUUCUAUGAAGUAAUCGAGCACAUGAAAAUCAUACGAGAUUCCACUCCAAACCAGUACAUGGUGCUGAUAAAGUUUAGCUCGCAGCCUGAUGCAGAUAGCUUUUAUAUGGCAUGCAAUGGCCGGCAGUUCAACUCUAUAGAGGAGGAUGUUUGCCAGCUGGUGUAUGUGGAAAGGGCUGAAGUCUUCAAAUCAGAAGAUGGGGCCAGCUUGCCUGUGAUGGAUCUGACAGAGCUCCCAAAGUGUACAGUGUGUCUGGAGAGGAUGGAUGAGUCCGUGAACGGGAUCCUUACCACUCUGUGUAACCACAGCUUUCAUAGCCAGUGUCUGCAGCGAUGGGAGGACACCACGUAAGAGGCUUUUCU